CUUGCCAAACCUAAAUCUGAAAUCCACAUGUCUAUGGCCUCUCCGGUCACUGUGUCCAUGGAGACCGUAUCCAAUCAAAAUAAUGAUCAACCUACCAUUGCUGUCCCUCCCACUGCCCAGCAGCCGCCUCCAACCAUUCCAACCAUGAUUGCCGCAGCUAGUCCCCCAUCCCAGCCAGCCGCUGCUCUCUCAACCAUUCCUGGAGCUGUCCGCAUCACUCCACCCAUCACGACUAUUGCAGCUGCACCACUACCAACAGCCACCGUGAGUGGCAGCCUCUCCUCUGUCAUAGGCCCCCCUAUGCCUGAGAUCAAAGUGAAAGAGGAAGUUGACCCAAUGGACAUCAUGAGGCCAGUUUCCUCAGUUCCUCCGCUGGCCACCAACACUGUGUCUCCAUCUCUCACAUUGCUGGCGAAUAACCUGUCCAUGCCUACAAGUGACCUAUCACCUGGUGCCUCCCCAAGAAAAAAGCCUCGGAAACAGCAGUACGUGAUCUCAACAGAAGAAGGGGAUAUGAUGGAGACAAACAGCACUGAUGACGAGAAGUCUACUGCCAAGAGUCUGCUGGUGAAGGCUGAGAAGCGCAAGUCCCCUCCCAAGGAGUAUAUCAAUGAAGAAGGUGUGAGGUAUGUCCCAGUUCAUCCAAGACCUCCCAUUACUCUGCUUCGUCACUACCAGAACCCUUGGAAAGCUGCCUACCACCACUUUCAGAGGUACAGUGACAUCCGAGUCAAAGAGGAGAAGAAAGCUAUGCAGCAGGAAAUAGCUAAUCAGAAAGGGGUAUCCUGUCAUGCCCAGGGCUGGAAAGUCCACCUCUGUGCUGCCCAGUUACUACAGCUGACAAAUCUGGAACAUGAUAUUUUUGAAAGACUUACCAGCCUACAGGAAGGAAUUAUCCCAAAGAAAAAAGCAGCAACUGAUGAUGAUCUGCACCAAAUAAAUGAACUAAUACAGGGAAACAUGCAAAGGUGCAAGCUUGUGAUGGAUCAGAUCAGUGAGGCCAGGGACUCCAUGCUUAAAGUUUUAGAUCAUAAAGAUCGUGUCCUGAAGCUUCUAAACAAGGAUGGGACUGUCAAGAAAGUGUCAAAAUUAAAGCGAAAGGAAAAAGUCUAGACCAAGAAGAAUCAAGAGUUUGGAAACAGAAUUUAUGAAGAAUGAUGGUGGGGGU